UCCUCUGUCAUCCCGGUAGCCUUCCCUCUCCCGGUAACCUCUUGUCUCUCGCAGCUCUCUCUCUCUCUAGCCGGUAACGUUAGCAGCAAUGUCGGUGUUUUGUGAGGUCCCCCAAGCAGCCCCUGUAGCUGUCUUUAAGCUUUCGCAAGAUUUCAACAAUGACCAGUUUCCCAACAAGGUGAACCUCGGAGUUGGAGCUUACCGGACAGAUGAAGGCAAGCCAUGGGUUUUACCGGUGGUGAAAAAGGUGGAAAAGAUCAUUGUGCAUGAUGACAGGCUAAACCACGAGUACCUGCCCAUCCUGGGCCUGCCUGAGUUCAGAUCCUCAGCCUCCAAGAUCGCACUGGGCGACGACAGUUCUGCCAUCCAGGAGAACAGGGUCGGAGCUGUUCAGUGUCUGGGAGGCACAGGUGCUUUGAAGAUGGGCGCAGAGUUUCUUAGGCGUUUCUACAACGGAAACAACAACACUAAAACACCCGUCUAUGUGUCUGCACCUACCUGGGAGAAUCACAAUGCUGUGUUUGCUAAUGCUGGCUUUGAGGAUGUGCGUCCAUACAAGUACUGGGAUGCACAGAACAGGGGCCUCGAUUUGGCGGGUUUCCUCGGUGACUUGGAGAUUUGUCCAGAGCACUCCAUCUUUGUCCUUCAUGCCUGUGCUCAUAAUCCAACUGGCACAGAUCCCACACAUGAGCAAUGGAAGAUGAUCGCUGAAAUUAUGAUGAGGAGGAAGCUGUUUGUGUUCUUUGACUCGGCUUAUCAGGGAUUCGCCUCAGGCAGUCUGGAUAAAGAUGCCUGGGCGAUUCGCUACUUUGUCUCCAUGGGCUUUGAAAUGUUCUGCGCGCAGUCAUUUUCCAAGAACUUUGGCCUCUACAAUGAGCGUGUCGGCAACCUGACCAUUGUGGCUCGUAAUGCAGACAACCUGAAGAGAGUUCUGUCCCAGAUGGAGAAGAUAGUCAGGACCACGUGGUCCAACCCGCCAUCCCAGGGAGCCCGGAUUGUUGCCAUCACUCUCAACACACCUGAGCUCUUUGCUGAAUGGAAGGACAAUGUGAAGACAAUGGCUGACAGGGUCUUAUUGAUGAGGGCUCAGCUGAAGGCUAAGCUCCAAGCUCUGGGGACACCGGGGACCUGGGACCACAUCACAGAGCAGAUCGGCAUGUUCAGCUUCACGGGCCUCAACCCCAAACAAGUGGAGUACAUGGUGAAGGAGAAACAUAUCUAUUUAAUGGCCAGCGGUCGCAUCAACAUGUGCGGUGUGACCACAAGGAACAUCAAUUACAUAGCCGAGUCCAUCCAUGAGACUGUCACCAGAGUCCAGUAGAAGACUAUACUACCCACAAUUCUCUGAAUGUUAUCCUGCCUGGCCCUGAGCCACCUUAUUCCAGGGAAAGUGUUCAGCUCACUGCCUCUCUCCCCGUUGAUUUCAGUGUCUGUGCUAAGCUAGGCUAAACACCUCCUGGCUGUUUAGCCUAGCUGCUUUGGUAUUUGUCUCAUCUUCCAACUCCUGAAAAGACAGUAAAUAUUGGGAUUAUUCCUUUAGGUAAUUGGGUUUGUAAUUUGUCGUACAGCCUUUUUUGUUGGUCUUAUGCUUGUAGUGAAUUCACUGUGACGUCACAGAAUUUGUACAUGUAAUGUAGUGUGGAUGUGUCAUUACCAGGCCCUUUGAGUGUGUGUGUGUGACUGUCUAAAGACGUUUAAUGUUGUGCUGUUAUGAUUCGUCCAUUCCAAGUGUUGAUAACACAUUUCCAUUUUUUUUAUUUUCACAGAAAAAAGCAGCUUAUUAAAAAUGAGUCUGUAACAAAAGGAGGCAGUUCUAGAAGAUGAAUUUACGCCUCUAUCAGGAAGAAAGUUGAAGUAUUACGUUCGGUACUAGUUGCAAUUUGAACAAGAGACGAGUGUUCUCAGGAAGAUAUUUUCAACAAUGUAAUUUAUUAAUGAUGCUGUCUUCAACCCUAAAGGGUUUUUUUUACUAAUUACCUCACAUUGAAUUAUUUUUAAUGGAGCACAAAUGACACUUAACUGUCCUGGCAGGUGUCGUAACUGCUGAAUGUUGGGAUGUCUUUGGCUCUUUCAGGCUCCUGCCAAUUAAACGAAUGUGGAGUUUGCACAGCGAAAAGACUGUCUGCGGCACUAAUGCACUAUUACGCAAGACCCACAUGUCAGUGGCAACAAACACACUAAUGAUCAACCAGUUUGCUAUCGUAUCUCUGUGAAUAAUGGACCAAUAGAGCAGCAUACAGCGGAACACUUUGCAUUACCUCACCAGACCUUCUUGUGACAUGGAAUAACUUCUCCAAUAAAUAACUUUUAACAGUAUAA